AUGACUGGCUUUAUGAUUCUCUCUCUUAAACAGACAUGUGUGGUGUUUGUGUCCAUUCUGGGUGGCGCGUGGCUGGAGAAUCACUUCUCCUGUCUUCUUUCUCUUCUCAUGGUGUGUGUGUCUCAUGGACGGGCGACGCAAUACUCAGCAGAUGCUGUCCCCUUCAUACUGAUGGCCGCUCUUGGCACUUUUCUGGGGAAGAAGGCUCAAAUCGCUACUGCCAAAGAGAUCUGUCAAUUGAUCCGCAAACAGAAGAGGGUUGUGGACGCAGCUCUUCAUGAGGGGAACAUGGAGAUACGUGUGAGUCCUGCGGAUGUCACAGCUAGUCAGCAUGUGCUGGUGUGUGCACUCUUAGAGCUGGGCAGUCUGCUGCAGGACCCCAGCAUAGGAAUGUUGGACACUGUGAUCUCUGUUCUUCUUCGCCCCAGCUCAUCUGCUCGACUGGCUGCUGCCUGGUGCCUGUGGUGUGUUGCUGUAGGGAUGCCUGCUCAGCUCACGUCUGUGAAGGACGUGGAGAAUGAGCAGCGGCAUGGAGACUCUUUCACCUGGCAGGUGACCCUGGAGGGGCGAGCAGGAGCACUCAGUAAAGAGUCUGGUGGUGCACUGCGAGUGUAUGAGAUCCUCACAAUGGUUCAGCCUAAAAGAUAUGAAGAGAGCUUUGACACAGUGUUGAAGCAGCUGCUGAACGAUCUGACCGGGCCAGAAAUCACAGCAUGUGCUGAGCUGAACCUGAGGGCUCAGUUCCUAGAGCAGUUCUGUGAGUUUGUGCAUCAGCUGAAAGGAGCCCGGCUGGAGACUGUUCAAAUCCAUGUAGCUGCUGCUUUCUGCUGCACUUUGAAGCUGCUGCUGAAGAAACUCAACAGAAGGAGGAUGGAGAUCGAUGACGACUCCUCUGCAUUCCUCGCAAAGUCUGAAUCCAGCGGCCCCUUCAAUAACCUGCGCUGGUCCACUCAUUUCCUGGUUCUACACUUGGCGGACCGCAUGGCUCUCAUAGCAGCCACAGACCACAGCGAUCAGCUCCGACUGGCUGGUUUACAAACACUGCUGGUCAUUAUCCAGAAAUUCUUCAGUGUGCCAGAGCCCGAGUUCCCUGGACAUAUCAUUCAGACUGAUCGUGGAUCGAAUUUCAUGUCUCGUGUGUUCACCCGUGUUUUGAAACAGCUCAGCAUACAACAUAAUGUUUCCAGUGCCUAUCAUCCGGAAAGCCAGGGGGCGCUGGAACGCUAUCAUCAAACGUUGAAGAGCAUGUUGCGGCAUAUUGCCUUGAGACUGGUAAGGAUUGGGCAGAUGCAGUUCCCUGGCUGCUGUUUGCCUGUAGAGAGAGCCCGUUCAUCUCCAGCUGAGCUGGGGUCGGAUUUGUCGAGGCCUACGAGUGAUAAGUCCAUGCUGUUGUCUGUUGUGGUGGAAGAGAGUGAUGAAACUGAAAGUAAUCCACCUCGUGCUCUAAUUGAGGGUCGUCUUAACAACACUAAAAUGCUCUCAGUUUUAGCUGAUCACCUCCCACACCUCACCGAUUUUGAGAAGACUGACAUUUUGGACGUUGUUCGCCAAUUUCCAGAGUUGUUUAAUGAUGUUCCAAAACAAACUCACCUUAUUGAGCAUGACAUUGAUGUGGGAACAACAACACCAAUCAAGCAACAUCCGUACAGGGUUUGCAGUGCAUGGAUCGCCAGUGGGGUCAUCAGCGACCUGCGUGACCUGAGAAGGGUACAUCAGCUUCUGGCUUCCUCUCUCGCCAAAGCUCAAAGCCUGGGACGAGGUGUAUAUCACAGUGGUACAGGGCUCCAGGCAGCCAUCUUCAGCAGCAGAAUGAUGAGGCUGGGACUGCAGGUCCAGCAGGGGCUGGUUUGCUCAAACUGGUCCAGACUGAGCCGCCUGUGGCUGGCUGCCCUUCAGGACCAUGCCCUGCUCACCCUGCCCUCACAAUACUCCAGUCAGCUCCCCUCCACAGGAAUCAGUGUGGAGUUUUUGUGUUCUCCUCACUCUGGAGACCAAAUGGAAAAGAUUGUUUCUUGUCUUCAGGCUCUGCAGGCCUUAUUGGAGGUGUAUUGGCCCCGUUCGAAAGUGGGCAAUGAUCAGAAAGCUUCCACAGCUCAGCCCAAACUGGCUGGCAGCCCUACUGGGCAGGAAGGACAGACCUGCUCCCUCAGCAACACUGACUGUAGACUCGUCACAUCUGCUCUGGCCAUCUUCUCAGAACUGCCCUCCAUCUGUUCACCAGAGGAGGCGGUGAAGGGCUCUGUCGGAGCAGAGAAUGGACAGCUGGUACCAGGCAUCCCUCAGGCCUUGAGCACUGUUCUCUCCUCUCCCAUGAGCAGAGCUGAGAAGAGUCUUAGGGCCUGGACUGAACUGCUGCGAUGUGCACUGCAUUCAGGUAGUUCUCGCUCAUCUCUCUCUCAUCAAACACAAUCUGUCUGUGUGUGUGUUCAACGUUUAUUUGAGGAACAUUCUCUGGUUUUUCAUGGAUUGUUUUGGAUGGAUAAAAUGGAGCCUGGAGUAGAUGAGGUCACCGUGUUGACAUCUCUCACCAUCUUCCUGCUGUACGCCAUUGCUGAAGUGACCACAGAGUAUUGUUCUCUACUCUCUUGUUCUCUAGCCAUUUCCCAUUUAGGUGCUGAGAGAAGUUAUCAGUGGUUAGUAUCUUUAUUCCAAGGCCCAGUACCGGUAGCCAGGCCAUUUAUUCUAGCUCUGGGUGGCUGUUUGGUGUCACAACAGCAGGAGGUUGAAAAGAGUCAUCUUCAAGGCCCAGCAGAGCUACAGGCCUUGCACGAUGCCAUCCGAGCCCUGGAAGCACUAGUGUUUGCUGCUGAUGAAACUCACUGUCCACAGCUGGUGGCUGUGCUGUUGCUCAUCCUCAUCUCUCUCCAGCUAGAUGAGAAUGCUUUGGCAUCGGCUCCGGCAGCCUCUCGCUCACUGCACGAGUCUGCCUUAGGAGACCUCAUGCGGAUCGGCCCCCAGCACUCGGCUGUCUUCAAUGCACUGAUGGCCUCCACCCCGCACAUGAAAGCCAGGCUGCAGGCAACCAUCAAGGGCAACCAGGAGAGCAUGAACACUAAGGCACAAACAACUCGGCUCAUUAGCAAAAACACGCCAAGCAUUUAACUGAAGAUCAGUUUCCUGUGAAUCCUCCUGACUGGAUAUGAUACGAGUAUUAUGAUUUUAA